AUGCUCUCGUCACUCAGGCCUCUCCGCGCACUCUCUCGCACCGUGCCGUUGAGUGCACACCCUCCUCGACCUCGCGCACCGACAAGCCUGCAUGUCGCGCGACCCGCCCGCCCAUUCUCCUCGUCCAGCAAACGCACGGCGUCGAAGUACGUGCGUUUUGGCGGUGACUCGAAGCAGACGACGAACGUAUGGCGAUUCGACUUGCGCGAGAAGAUCGUCGUCGGGAUCGUGGUGGCCGGUGGUUGGUACUAUGUCGCACACUUGGAGCAGAUUGAGGACACAGGACGGUGGCGAUUCAUGGACGUGAGCCCACAACUCGAGGCGAAGCUAGCACGAGCCUCACACGAAGCGCUCGUAGCAGAGUACGGCCGCAAGGUCCUCCCGCCAAACCACCCCCUCACGCGGCACGUCCGGCGGGUCGUCGAGCGCAUUCUUGAGGCGUCCAACCUCGGUACCCUCACCCCUCCCGAGCCCGCGCACGCACUCCCGUUUGGCGAGCCCGACGGCGGGCUGUGGCACCCGGCGCCCGCGGGUCACAAGAGCGGCGUGCCUCCGACCGUCGGCGGGAAGCAGUGGAACUUGAUGGUGGUCAACGAUGACAGAGAGGUGAAUGCGGCGGCGAGCUUCGGAGACAUCAUUGUGUUCACUGGCAUUCUGCGGGCUGCGAGGGACGAAGAAGGUCUGGCCGCUGUCCUUGGGCAUGAGAUUGGACACGCAGUACUGCGACAUAUGUCCGAACGCGUAUCCUCCGCGAAGGUCCUGCUCAUCAUCGCGAGUACCUUUUCCAUGCUAGGGCUCGAGUUCGGCCUCUCCCAAAUGGUAUCUCGGCUUGUAUACGAGCUGCCAAACUCUCGUAUGCACGAACUUGAAGCGGACAAGGUUGGCCUGAGACUCAUGUCAAGAGCAUGCUACGAUCCACAAGCCGCACCUGCAAUGUUCACACGUCUAGCGAAACUCGAGGGCGCGGGCAGCCGAUUCCAGUUCCUCAGCACCCACCCUGCAACCGAACAACGCAUCGAGAAACUCGAGACCCUCCUACCGGACGCGUACGCGAUCCGCGCGGCGAGCCCAGAGUGCGCGGGCCUGAACGAUAGCUAUUCCGCGUUCCGGGAUGCGGUCUCACACGGGGGCCGGAGGGGCGCCCCGGAGAGCGAGGCGGUAUGGGGGUGGUAA